AUGUCUGAGCAUCUCUUCGAGGACACCUUCGUCGUCACUAGGCUCGACCCUGAUGGCAAAAAGUUUGAUAGAGUUUCUCGUGUCGAAGCUCGCAGUGAUCAGUUAGAUAUGUAUAUGCAGCUAGAUGUUGCUACUGAUGUUUAUCCUAUGCUUGCUGGUGAGAAAUUUAACAUGGUUUUAGCACCUACUCUGAAUUUGGAUGGCACUCCAGAUACUGGAUACUAUACACAGGCUGGUAGAAAAACUCUGGCAGACAAUUAUGAGUACGUCAUGCAUGGGAAGCUUUACAAAAUCUCAGAAGACACCUCCUCCAGCCAAAAUGCUAAAGUGGAGAUUUAUGCAUCAUUCGGUGGUCUCCUGAUGCUGCUCAGGGGUGACCCUUCCACUGCUGCUAGCUUUGAGCUGGAUCAGAGGCUCUUUCUACUGAUGCGCAAGGUGUAA